AUGUGUGAUCGAGAGCAAGAUGCAUGUGCUUCUCUUAUUCUUUGGACGACACCUCAUGAAUGGACACCUCGUGCUGAACGUCGUCAUUAUAUUUCAAAAGGAUGUGAUACACAGAGAGCAUGCACUCAACUUCUUUAUGGUCUUGCUUCAAUUUGUACACGUAAUUGGUAUGAAGAUUGGGCAUGUGUUGAAUGUUGUCAAGGUGAUCGAUGCAAUCGAUAUGUUGUUGUAUGUAUUCUAACAAUUAUUUUAAUUAUCAUAAUGAUAAACUAA